AUGAGGGGUUCAUUGUCUUUGGCUGCGUUGGCGGCUGUGAUUGCUACGGCAUCGGGUUCUAUUAUUCCCCUUGAUGAAAUCGGUCUUCCUGUGCAUCCCCCCUUUUUACCGGAGACAGGGGUUGGGAGUGUUCCGGACUGGUUUGCGUCGUUGAGGGCUGUGUUGCAAUCGCCGGACCCGAGUAAACCGAAUUCGAUAUCAUCAGAUCAGAGUUCGAGAGCAUCGACCGCGACAUCUAAUACGAGCUCGUCGAGUUCAAGCUCACCGAUUCCGACCCCCUCGACGCUAACUACCUCGGCCAUCGUGACCACUCCAACUUCGUCUACUUCAAGCUCAUCCAGUUUGAGUCCCUUGGCACAAGCCAUCUCAGCAGUGGUUGGGAAUCCGGCACCAGUAACGCCAUCUCUUAGCACACCCAGCAGUCAAACCACGACUUCAAGUUUGAGCGAACUUACCGGCGAGCCAGUGACGACCGAAAUAACACUUACACCGGUCGAUACUCCGACAUCGUCGAGCUCUAAAUAUGCUGCUCCUGCCACGAAGACAUGUGCCGCUCCUCUACGAACAGCAUCCGAUGGAUACUGGCUCAAUGAAAUUGACCACAACCAACAGGGUGCCGGCCUUGCGCCCUAUGCCAAUAACACCAACCGAUACGCUGUGUACCGCAAUGUCAUGGACUACGUAGUUAUCAACGAUGGGUCGGGCGACCAGAAACCGAAGCUUCAACAUGCCAUCGACGAUGAUAACAAUGGCGGCACCCGCAAGGGCAAGGGCGUCACACUCUACCCAGCCGAAGUGUAUCUGCCCGGCGGCAUCUACCAGCUGAAAAGCACUCUGAAGCUGACCGUUGGAACAAUUAUCGUCGGCAAUCCAUCCAACCCGCCAAUCAUCAGAGCAGCUCCCGAUUUCCAAGGUCAAUACCUCAUCUUGGGAUACGAUGAGUCGGCCGGCCAUCCUGAGACCAGUUUCAUGACGCUGGUCAAGAACGUUAUUCUAGACACGACAGCUGUCUCGCCUCAGCAGUCUAUCACGGCGCUUCAAUGGGGGGUGGCUCAAGGCUCUGGACUGACCAAUGUGCAAAUCCGCAUGCCUGUCGGGGCUGCGCAACACACUGGUAUCGACAUCGUGGGAGGUUCUACCAUUGCCGUGACCGACGUGUCUAUUUAUGGCGGCGCGACAGGUAUUAUCAACUCUAACCAGCAAGUCAACUUCAAGAAUAUCUACUUCGAGUCUUGCGACACUGCCUUCAACGCAAAGGGCGGAUGGACCGUUCUUCUCCAAAGCGCGACCUUUGUCAACUGUAAGCUAGCCAUUGAUAUGGGUAGAAAUGCCCUGGGAAGCAUGGUCCUUCUCGAUUCAAAGUCAAUAGCUGCUCGCGGCCCUGUGGUUAAAUUCUACGACUCGUCCCACGACAGCGGAAACCAAAACAGCCAGCUUCUCAUCCAGAACCUGGUCCAUGAUUCUGCAACGCCUAUUGCAGUUGACGUAAAUGGAAACACGCAGCUGCCCGCUACUGCACAUGUUGAUACUUGGGCUUGGGGUACUUUGGUUCCUGGUGGUUAUGUCACCGGUGCAAGCUGGACCACCCCGCAGCCCGCCAACUUGCUCGUCGGUGGCAAAUACUUUAUCAAGGCUCAGCCCACGUACGCUGGUUACGACAGCUCGGAUAUCGUGAAUGUGAAGACUGUUUCCGAGCACGUGGUUAUGGGUGAUGGCCGAACCGAUGAUACCCAAGGAAUUAAUGCCAUCCUGGCUCAGAACGCUGAGAACUGCAAGAUCACCUAUUUCCCCUUUGGAGUGUACCGAGUCUCGGAUACCAUCUUAAUCCCUGUGGGCACUCGCAUUGUCGGCGAAGCAUGGGCCGUCAUCUCGGGCUACGGUGACGGGUUCAAGAAUCAAUCUGCUCCAAAAGCCGUCGUCCGAGUCGGUAACCCCGGCGAUGUCGGUAUUGUCGAGAUCCAAGACAUGCGUUUCUCGGCCGGUGAAAUCCUUCCCGGAGCCAUAAUUCUCGAAAUCAACGCAGCUGGUGAACAGCCCGGCGACGUUGGGCUAUGGAACACCAUGGUGACAGUGGGCGGCACAGCUGAAACAACCAUAUCAAACAUUUGUACCUCGCAAGACGCGAAGGACUGCAUGGCUACCUACAUGAUUAUGCACCUCACAGAAACCUCGUCCGCAUACAUCGAGAACUUCUGGGGCUGGACAGCCGACCACAACCUCGACAGUUCAUCCAUCCUAACCAUAGUCUCGACCGGCCGCGGUAUCCUCGUUGAAUCAACCCACGGAACAUGGCUCACGGGUACAGGCUCUGAACACAACUGGCUCUACAACUACAACUUCCACCACGCUGCCAACGUCUACGCAGGCCUCCUGCAGACCGAAACACCCUACAUGCAAGGUUCAGGCGAGUUCGAAAAAGCCCCGGCACCCUGGACAGUAAAUUCCAAGUUAGGGGACCCGGAUUUCUCAUGGUGUGGCGUCGAUGACGAUAAAUGUCGUUCUGCACUCGCGACGAACAUCGAUGGUGGGCAACACAUUGCCCUGUAUAACUCCGCUGCAUGGGCCUUCUUUGACGGCUACUGGAACGGGCUGUACAAUGAGCCUUGCAACGGAACAUGUCAGAGCAAUAUGAUGCGUGUGACAGGUGAUCCGGUGAAUUUGGUUUGGUAUUCUAUCAGCACGCGCGAGACGGACGUAAUGGUAUUGGAUGGGAAGACGAAUCCCAAUGAGGCGAACCAUGCUGGUGGAUGGGGGGCUAUAAUUCAGGCCUAUCUGCAGUUUGCGACUUAA